AUGAAUGAGACAUUUAGCAGAGACACGCGCACACGGCUCCCUUUAAUUCACUCAGACUGAACCGGACAGUGAAUCAAGCAGCAGUUAUUCCGCCUCGGAUGAAGGAGACAUCACUGACCAGACGUGUGCGAGUGGCUUAGGCUGCAGAAGGGCUACAAUCUUCUGAUUGAUUUUACUUAGAUUUUAGAUUUUGGUUGUGCAUCUUUACCCAUUUGAGACCUUAUUUAUCAAAUCGAGUUCUGCUCAUCACCAAUAUGGACACCAUAUUGGACAGUUUCGCCUCGGACAAACUUUUCCCAAAUCCCAACCUGUUGGACCUGGAGGACCUGAACGAGUCCGACUUUCUCACUAAUGUGCACUUCUCGGAGCAGAUGGAGGAUUUCUCCAAUGAGCUCUUCAACAGUUUUUUUGAUGAUCACCUGCUAGCUGAGAGGACACCACUGCUAGACAUGGAGCUUGAGCCGCCGAACCCCGACAUCCAGCAGGAGCACAGCUACUCCCUCAGCGGGGACUCAGCUCCUCAGAGCCCCUCCAUGCCCAUCAAAUCAGACGACGAUGCAGAGGGCAUGUGGGCAUUCAGUCAGGACUUGACUGCCAUCCUGGUAAAACAGGAACCCAACCUCCUGUCUGAGCCAUCCCCCGGACCAGCGGCCACCAUGCCCACUUCCAGCAGUGCCACCCAGCCUAUCACCCUUAACCCGCCACCACAGAGACGCCACAAUCACGACAAGGUGGGCCGAGAACAGAGCUCAAACACGGUACCUACAAUCAAAGCAGAACCCAGAGAGGUCAACCAGUUCCUCAGUGUCCCCACAGAGGAGCACCUGCAGCUCCCACCGACUCCUCCCAGCAGCCACGGCAGCGACAGCGACGGAUCACAGAGUCCUCAUUCGCUGCCUCCAUCCAGCCCAGCUCGCAUGCAGAGUCCCCAUUCACUGGCGCCCUCGAGCCCCGCCCGCAUGCAGAGUCCUCAUUCGCUAGCACCUUCCAGCCCCGCCCGCCAUCCGGCUCGCUCCUCCACAGCCAUCUCAUCAUCUCCACUGCUCACUGCUCCACACAAGUUACAGGGCACCUCAGGUCCACUGAUGCUCACAGAAGAGGAGAAGCGGACACUGAUGGCUGAAGGUUACCCCGUCCCUAACAAACUCCCGCUGACCAAAACGGAGGAGAAAGCCCUGAAACGAGUUCGCAGGAAAAUCAAAAACAAGAUCUCAGCACAGGAGAGCCGGCGCAAGAAGAAGGAGUAUGUGGAGUGUCUGGAGAAAAAGGUGGAGAACUACACUUCUGAGAACAAUGAACUCUGGAAGAAGGUGGAGACACUCGAAAGUGCAAACAGGUCUCUGCUGCAGCAGUUACAGAAGCUUCAGGCUCUGGUCAGUGGCAAAGUGCCUCGUUCCUGUAAGAUGGCCUCUACACAGACUGGGACCUGUCUCAUGGUGGUGGCGCUGUGUUUUGUGCUGGUUUUGGGUUCGCUGGCUCCCUGCCUGCCUGAGCUCUCGCUCUACUCUUCUUCUUCCUCCUCAUCCUCACCAUCACACACGGUGAAGUCUGGCCCGCUUCCCGCGACUCACCUCUACACCACCAGCCAGGUCCGCUCCCGCAGCCUGCUCUUCUAUGAGGAGGGUUCCCCGCUGGAGAACAGCCACAGGAGCAUGCUGAGUGUAAAGAGGGGGGAGGGGGCGCCACACCAAUACACACAGGACCUGAAAGAGACCCACAAGCAGACACACACUCACAUCAGCACCUACCUGAACCCAGCACAGUCCGACAAGAACAGCAGUGGCACCCCCCUCCUCCACCGAGAACCACACUACCAUACACGAGAGCAUGAUCCUGAUGGAGGGGCUGAAUAUUUCUAACCCCUCUGAGCGGAGCUGCCUACACCCCGCAGGCCUCCGCUGACCUUUGACCCCACAUCAUCCAGGCCCUACUCCCAGUGGCGCUCCCUAGUGUUACCACUCUUUCCCUCUACGAAACCGAGACGUCAUACACCACUCUCAGACACAUAGCCUGAACACACCAACGUGCAGAAAGAAGACCGAGAGAUAAAAAUAGGAUGAGAGCAGACAGAGAAGAGAAGAGCGAACGGAAAAAUGAUGCGGACUGAUUGAGGGAGAAAGUGAGAAAAGCUUCUCUCUAAAUCCCCAACAAACUGGUCUUCUUCCUGCCAAGAUUUCUCUUCCUUUCUGUUCCCUUUACUAAAAACCCCAGCAGUACUGGUGUAUUAACAGGUGCCUGGUGUUCUGAGUAUUCACUUCUUUUUUUCACUUUCACAAUAGAGAUCAUUUAAUGUGCCAGAAGUGUUAAACUAAACCACAAGCUCUUGGUCCAACUUCUUCUGCAGUCCUUUAUGAUGGGCGUGAGUGGCUAAGGCUCCCACACCAAUUUCCAACAGACAUUUUUACCUCCUCUAAACAUCUCCCACUCGUAUACAAUCAGUCCAACCAGAAACGUGACACUUAGCGACUUUGAUUUAGUUUUAACAGACGUAUUGCAGACGUAAUUACUUCAACAUUUAGGUUUUAAAACUGAAUAUUAUGCCUGUGGGCUGUCAUGUUUAAUACUCCUGGCACUAAAUGACGCACAUACUUUAUUUAAAAGCAGUGUAUUCUUCUUUCUUUCUUUCUUUCUUUCUUUUUUUUUGAUCACUAUAACACAAGAACAGUUGAUGCAUUGAGUUAACGCUGGACUGCACUUGUUUUGCACUAGGAAAACUAAUUGAUUUAAGUGCCUUCAAGUUGUUGUUUUUUUUUUCCAUGUAGUCAUAUUUAAGAUUUACUAUUUUCUUAACCUCCAGUCUUCUCUCGUAGAUUCUUUUAGCUUACUGAGAAAUAAUAAAGGUAUUUUUAUUUUUGUUUUCUUUUUUGUACUAUUUUGAAAUCUAGAUGCAUUUGUACUGAAUUUAAAGUAUCCAUAAUAUAUUCUAGUAUUGUCAGCAUUCCAAAAAGAGCAUAUUUAUUUUAUGCACACAAAAAAAAGAAAAGUGAAAAGUUUUGUUCUUUUUUUUUUUUUUAAUAUUUGCUAUAGAUGAUGUAAAAUUUACAUGAUCUUUUUUUUGUCAUAACUGUUAAACAGUUUUUUGUGUUAUCUUUAUUCUGUAUAAAGAAAAGAAAGUUUUGUAUAUAGGGUGGUUGGAACAAGGACAAUCAGCAGUAAUGCCAUCAGAUUAGUUAGAAAAUCUCCUUUCUUUCAUGCAGAAUAUUAUUCUUUUGUAAAAAAAAAAAAAAAAUACAGUUUUACUAGAUUCUGACGUACAAAUACGCAGAUAAAUACCUUACGUUACACGCACGAGAAUCUGGAUAUCAUGGAAGUGAAGACAUUUCAAAUGUAGAGUCGUGUAAAAUUCAUUUUAGUUCAAUCUUGACUUCGUGUACAUAACUUCAGUCAUCCACAUGAGCUGUGAUUCUUGUUAAAUUUAAAAAAAAAAAAAAAAUGUAUGUUACAUGUAAUGUCACUAUUGUCCAGUGCAAUGCACAGUUCCAGAUCUGAACACUUUAAAUGGUUUUGUAUUUGGUCAUGGUGAUGAUGAUGAGAUGAACCACAUCAAGCUGCUGUCCCUGAGGUGAUUUUGUUGUGUUUUCUGCUCGGUAGUUUAUUGAAUCGGUUCAACUGUGUUCGACUUGUCUCGUCUAAUUGUAAGAAAAUAUCAAAGUGUAGAUUAUACUGUAAUUAGACAGUAUGACGGUAUAACAUAAUCACAACUUUCUGUCUCCAUAACUCAGUUAGUCCAUAAGGGCUAAAGUCUGGAUCAACACUUCUCAAGAUCUUGGCUCAGAGUCGACUUCCAGAACUCGAGCUAGGAUUAGUCUCUAGAAAACGUGGAGGAAAUGCUUUAAGAACUCUCAGUGUAAUUAUUGUUGGUAACGCCUGUGUCCUCAUCCUUUUUGUUGCCUUUUGUACAUAUGACACUGAUUUUCAAUUCUAUCUGUAAAUAUGGAGGAUGUAUUUUUAUAUUUCUGAUGCGCUUUGGUAUUCACUAGGCGCCUGGGUGGGGGUUGUGGACCCGAUGCUGAACGUUUCGCUUUCUUGCUGCAUGUUUCUCUCUGUGCUUCAAACUUCUGUCUGUUUCUGUCUAUAUUAUACCAAAGUAGAGUUAGAAUGAAGCAAAAUACAAAAAUUUGCAGAAGCAAA